AUGGGCCCUCGCUACCGCAGCAUCGCGGUCAUCGGCACCGGCCCCUCAGGAGUCUCUGCCGUCCGCGCGCUGCAUGAAGAGAAGAUAUUCGACACGAUCCGCGUGUUUGAGCGACGGGAUCGUGUCGGCGGCAUCUGGCACUAUGACCCUGAGCCAGACGUCUUUCCUGCCCCGGGGACACCAGAGAGUAAUAAUAAACAGGAGAUUCCCUCGCAUCUGCCACAGUUCACUCCCCCUCUGCCUGAAGACACGACUGCGCGAACGGCCAUCUACGACGGCCUCGACAGCAAUGUCGGCGCCAGCGUCAUGGCCUUUACCCACAGGCCCUUCCCGGAGCAGAAUUCCGCGGCGUCAAUUGAGCGGCUAGGCCGGGGCAAUCCCACGCGGCCGUUUCGCGUCGUGGCAGCGUAUCUCGAGGACCUGUUCAAGGACUACCUCCACCUCGUCUCGUUCAACACAACGGUGGAGAAGGUCGAGAAGAAAGGCGACAAAUGGGUGCUGACGCUGCGUCGCUCGGGCCAGCUGUAUCGCGGCCAGCCGCAGGACUACUGGUGGGAAGAGCAGUUCGAUGCAGUCAUCGUGGCGACUGGACACUACAGCGUGCCUCUCGUGCCGAACGUGUCCGGGCUGGACGAAGCCUUCCGCGCGCAUCCUGACCGGUUCGAGCACUCCAAGGCCUUCCGCUCUGCGGAUCACUAUGUCGACAAGAAGGUCGUGGUGGUUGGGGGCAAUGUCUCUGCAGCAGAUCUGGUCUCCGAUCUGCACGGCCUCGUCAAAGGCCCGCUGUACGUCUCGCAGCGAGGGAAGAACGAGGCAAUGCAGGCAGCGUGGGAUCUGCCCAACGUCGAGAUCAAGCCGACGAUCGAGCACAUCGAGACGACCCAGACGGGGAUCAACGUCAGAUUCGCAGACGGCAGCAAAGUCGACGACGUCGACAAGGUCAUCUUCGCCACGGGCUACAAGCUGUCGUACCCCUUCCUCGCGCCGGACCCCGUCACGCCCAACAACCGCGUGGCUGGGUUCUACCAGCACAUCUUCAAGAUCGGCGAUCCCUCGCUGGCCAUCGUCGGGCAGGUCCGCGCAGCAAUCAGCUUCCGCGUGUACGAGUAUCAGGCCGUGGCCGUAGCGCGCUACUUCGCCGGACGGGGGAAAGAAUUGCCCAGUCCGCGGGAGCAGGAACUGUGGGAGGUCAAGCGGCUGCAGUACAAGGGACCGUCAGCAUUGUUUCACGAGAUCAAGCCGGAUUUCAAAGAGUAUUUUGACUUCCUGCGUGAUCUGGCUGGGCCACCGGCCCCGGGGACGGACGGGUAUGAGCUGCCGCCAUGGGACGACAAGUGGGCAGAGUUGGCCUUUGGUAUUCUGCAGUUGAAGGAUAAGUAUUGGAAGGAGAUUCGAAAGAAUGCCGAGUCGAGUCAGAUCAAGGCUAAGCUGUAG